AUGUCGCGCUUCCUCCGGCCGGCCUUCCGUUUGGCGACUACCGCCACGCGUGCUUCGACCAUCCGUCCUACUCCUUCUUCUCUCAUCACCAAGGCUGCUGCCGUCCCUACCACCAGGCUACUACAAAAACGGAGCUAUGCCGCCGAGGCGACGGGCGUCAAGGAGUACACGGUCCGCGAGGCCCUGAACGAGGCACUCGCUGAGGAACUCGAAUCCAACCCGAAGGUGUUCAUCCUGGGCGAGGAGGUCGCCCAAUACAACGGCGCCUACAAGGUCACUAAGGGCCUGCUAGAUCGUUUUGGUGAGAAGCGUGUUAUUGAUACGCCCAUCACCGAGAUGGGUUUCGCUGGUCUCGCUGUUGGUGCUGCACUUGCGGGGCUGCAGCCUGUUUGUGAGUUCAUGACCUUCAACUUCGCCAUGCAGGCCAUCGACCACAUUGUCAACUCCGCCGCCAAAACCCUCUACAUGUCGGGCGGUAUCCAGCCCUGCAACAUCACCUUCCGCGGGCCUAAUGGCUUCGCCGCUGGCGUGGCCGCCCAGCACUCGCAAGACUAUGCCGCUUGGUACGGCUCGAUCCCCGGUCUGAAGGUCGUCUCCCCUUGGUCGGCUGAGGACGCGAAGGGUCUCCUCAAGGCGGCCAUCCGCGACCCCAACCCAGUCGUGGUCCUCGAGAACGAGCUGAUGUACGGCGUGUCCUUCCCCAUGUCAGAGGCCGCGCAGAAGGACGACUUCGUCCUCCCCUUCGGCAAAGCCAAGAUCGAGCGCGCCGGCAAGGACCUGACCAUCGUGUCCCUCUCCCGCUGUGUCGGCCAGUCUCUCGUCGCGGCUGAGAACCUCAAGAAGAAGUACGGCAUCGAGGCCGAGGUGAUCAACCUGCGCAGCAUCAAGCCUCUGGACGUGGAGGCCAUCGUCAAGAGCGUCAAGAAGACGCACCGCCUGCUGGCGGUCGAGUCUGGCUUCCCCGCCUUCGGCGUUGGUGCCGAGAUCCUCGCGCUCACGAUGGAGUAUGCGUUUGAUUAUCUUGACACCCCGGCACAGCGCAUUACUGGUGCCGAUGUGCCGACCCCGUAUGCCCAGAAGCUGGAGGAGAUGAGCUUCCCCACGGAGCAGCUUAUUGAGGAUUAUGCUGCUAAGAUGCUCCGCGUUUAA